UAGUGCUCCGACGCUUAUUUGAAGUUGCAGGCAGAGUGUUUUGGAGGUAAAUGCCUUCAAGGUGUGGUGUGUUCUGACUUAUCCAAGUGUCGAAGGCUGUCAACCAGUAACCAGAAAUGGGAAAAAAGAAGAAUACAGAGGCUGCUGCAGAUGUAAGCCCAGUGCUAAGGCGAAAGUCUCUACGGUUGUCAGAUAAAGAGACACAACCGCCAAAACCAGAGCCAACAAAGAAGGUGCCUAAGACCAAAAAGGUGAAGGGGCCGGCAAAGGACAAAACGGAGGAGACAAAAGAGGAACCUCAAGAUGAAAAGACUGAGGCCCCUGUUGAGGACGGAAAAGACAAAGACGAAGAGGUCGGUGCCGAAAACGGAGAAGAGGACAAAGAUGAGGAGAAAGCAAGCGAGUAGUUGAGCCUCAGUGCUUCCUGUAUCGUCUUUAAUGUCGAGCGCACAUCAUAUUUCCAACUGCUAUUUUCUUGGGACUGACGCGUUUUUAGAGGCAGAAAUACAUUUUGAUUUUGUCUUGAAACCCCAUUUGAUUCCUUUGUUUCUUCCCCUCACUGUUCCUCCCUCGCAGGCUUCUUACGUUGCUUUUAGGCUGUAGUUUUCAACCCUCAUCAGGAAGCUGAUGUAAAACUUUGUUAGCGUGGAACUUCUCAAGGAUUUUUUGUAAACUGUACUCUUUUAAAAAUCACACUAUCGCUCUGCUUGUGAAAAUUGAAUUUAAACACGAUAAUUCUGUUUUGUUGAAUUGUGUUUUUUUAAGUUCUGGAAUUUCUUGGUUUGCAUUAUAAGAAAGUGUAAAACUGCUGUUUAAAAUCCCCCCUGUUGCCCCCUCCCAUCAAAAAAAAAAAAAUGUUUCAGUCUAUUUACAUUUGGUGAUGGUACAUUUAUUCUCAGCUAAGCUACAGUCAACAAUGAUAACAUAUAUCCCACAUAUUUGUGACUUUGGGACAUCUUUUUGUUAACCCUUUUUUUUUUUUUUUUUGCAGUAAUAAAGACAUUAUUUUACA